AUGAAUACUGUAUUAAAGGGAGAUUAACCAUAUUUGGAAUAACAGCGAAAAUCCACUAUAAGUCCAGAAACUGGAAAGCAUAUUUAAAAUACACUUCACAGAAGAAUCAAUUUUUCAUAGGCUGAUUUGAUUACUCCUAUUGCUGUUAAAUAAAAUCAUAAAAAAUAAGCAAUAAGUCAAGGAUUACAAUAAUUACUUAAAUAAAGCCCUUAUUCAAAGUUAGUAUCAUAAAAAUCAUAACUAUAAUUAUAAUAUCAAGAUAGUUUUUCAUAAUAGUAUCUAAAUGGUUAUACUCCAAAUCAACAAUAAUCAUAGUUACUGUUUAAACCUGAUAUUAAAACACCCUCUUUAAAUUCUACUACUUCAAGCAGCAUAAAACCAAGAAUGCGUAACCAAGCUAAAGAUUCUUUAUAAAAAAAAUCUUUUGAUUCUUACAAUGCUAUGUCAUUUAGAGAAAAAGACAAAUAAACUAUUUCUCAACUCUAAAAUAUAAUAUCGAGAACUUCUAUAUUAUUAUUAUCAUAUAAAGAAGAAUUAUAAAAAAAUAUAAUAGAGAAAUAGGAUUUGAUUAAACAGAUCGAGAAAUUAGAACAAAAUAAAAUCAAAUAAUGA